AAUCUCUGGAAUAUAAAAGCUCUCUCUCUUUUAUAUUCCAAAGGUUACAUUAAAAAGUUAAUGUUAAACACAUCAGAGACAUCAGAGCAACCAGAGACACUGACAUCAGGAUUUCCAUCUGCUCAAUUCAGCAGAAAUCUGACCAUGAAGCUGCUAUCAGUCCUCCUCCUCCUCCUGGCUCCAGUAUUAACCAGCUGCAUCCCUCUGGUCCUCCCAGUGGACUGCAGCGACAUCUAUAAUAAUGACAACAGCCAGUCCAGUGGAGUGUACACCAUCUAUCCCAUCGGAGCCACGUCUGCUGUUCAGGUGUACUGUGACAUGGACUCAGAAGGAGGACGGUGGACGGUGUUCCAGAGGAGGAUGGACGGCUCAGUGAACUUCUACAGACCCUGGGACCAGUACAAGACGGGCUUCGGUAGCGCUGCUGGAGAGUACUGGCUCGGUCUUGAGAAUCUCUUCCACCUGACUCUGAGGAAAAAGUACGAGCUGCUGGUUGACAUGGAGGACUUUGAGGGAAAUAAAGUGUUUGCUCGUUACUCCUCAUUCUCCAUUGACCCAGAGUCCCACGGAUACAGAUUGCAAUUUACAUUCAUCAGUGCUGUUACGACCAGGUGACGUGCUACGUUAAUCAGUCUCAGCCCUCAAGAACCCCGGUCUUCCUUGCAUUCCUCACCAGAUCGUUGGGCCAACGUGGUGGAACUUUCCUGGUUCCUUCCAGUGUCCUGCUUGCUACUUCCAAUCUCCUUGUGAUUUUCCGUUGGACCCCCAUCUCUCCAGCGUUCCAGGGAUCCUUCUCGUGCAGUUCAGGUUCCAGGGUCAGCUCUCCAGUGCCUCCAUGUCUUCUGCCCGUUCAUGCCGAGGCCGCCCCUCAUUUCCCCCAGUGUGUGUUAAAUAAAGCCUCUUUAAACCCUCA